AGACACCAGGCGCACCAAGCAAAGUCAACGCAGUGCAGGGAGCAUCAAUAAAAGACGCUCAGAUACACAGACACUCACAUUACACACGCAUACAAAGACACUAUCUUACACACUCCAGAAUCUGAUCAUGCCGAUUUCAAGCAGCUCUUCUUCCUCAACGAAGAGUAUGCGCAGGGCAGCGUCCGAGCUCGAGAGGUCUGAUUCUGUUACGUCUCCAAGAUUCAUUGGGAGACGACAAAGUUUGAUCGAGGAUGCGCGGAAGGAACGAGAGGCAGCGGCAGCCGCGGCAGAGGUGGCUGAAGCGACUGAGCAGAUCGUGUUUGAGGAAGAGGAUGGAAAAGCUCUGCUCAAUCUCUUCUUCACGCUGAGAAGUUCCAAGACACCAGCACUGUCACGCUCUCUCAAGGUGUUCGAGACGUUUGAAGCUAAGAUCCACCACCUGGAAACACGGCCGUGCAGGAAGCCCCGGGACAACCUGGAGGGGCUGGAGUACUUUGUCCGCUGCGAGGUGCACCUGUCUGACGUCAGCACCCUCAUCAGCUCCAUCCGGAGGAUAGCGGAGGACGUCAAAACCACCAAAGAAGUCAAAUUUCACUGGUUCCCAAAGAAAAUCUCAGAGCUGGACAGAUGUCACCACCUUAUCACAAAAUUUGAUCCAGAUUUAGACCAAGAACACCCAGGAUUCACAGAUCCCGUCUAUAGGCAGAGGAGGAAGAUGAUUGGAGACAUUGCCUUCAGAUAUAAACAAGGGGAGCCCAUCCCCAGAGUAGAAUACACAGAGGAGGAGAUCGGUACAUGGAGAGAGGUUUACUCCACCCUGAGGGACCUGUACACCACCCAUGCCUGCAGUGAGCACCUGGACGCCUUCCGCCUGCUGGAGAGACAUUGUGGAUACAGCCCUGAAAACAUCCCCCAGUUGGAGGACGUGUCACGCUUCCUCAGAGAGCGUACAGGGUUCCAGCUGCGUCCCGUGGCAGGUCUCCUCUCUGCCAGAGACUUUUUAGCCAGUCUGGCCUUCCGCGUGUUCCAGUGUACCCAGUAUAUACGCCACGCCUCUUCUCCCAUGCACUCCCCUGAACCGGACUGUGUGCACGAGCUCCUGGGCCACGUCCCCAUUCUGGCUGACCGGGUGUUCGCCCAGUUUUCUCAGAACAUCGGUCUUGCUUCACUGGGGGCUUCAGAAGAAGAUAUUGAGAAACUGUCAACGCUCUACUGGUUCACGGUGGAGUUUGGUCUGUGUAAACAGGGUGGCAUUGUGAAAGCCUACGGGGCAGGACUCCUCUCCUCAUAUGGAGAGCUAGUGCAUGCUCUGUCAGAUGAGCCAGAGAGGAGGGAGUUUGACCCAGAGGCUGCUGCCAUUCAGCCCUACCAAGACCAGAACUACCAGUCUGUAUACUUUGUCUCUGAGAGCUUCACAGAUGCCAAAGAGAAACUCAGAUCGUAUGUGGCCGGAAUUAAGAGGCCGUUUUCUGUGCGGUUUGACCCCUACACCUACAGCAUAGAGGUCCUGGACAAUCCCCUGAAGAUCCGAGGAGGCCUGGAGUCUGUCAAGGACGAGCUGAAGAUGCUCACAGAUGCCCUCAACGUGCUCGCAUGAUGUACAACAACACCGCUACUGCUGCUGGUCCCACUCUGUGCCAUUUUGACGUGUGACAUGGACCAUUGUUCUCUUGUGCUUUAUGAGUUGCUUUAUGUGGCUGGCUAAGUGGCGACCGUGAAACCUCUCGCUGGACUUGUUUGGUUUAUUUGAUCUGGUGAUGUCUCUAAGAUAUGUUGUGCAGGUGGGUGGGCAUUAUCCAUUGGUACCCAUGCUUACUGAAGUCAGGAUUCAAUCUGAUCGCGCAUUGUAGACAAUGAGGCUUUUAAAGGCACUUUUCCUCCAUUGGUGGAGACUGCGUUCAUCUCAAAUGUUGUACACACUCCCCUCCGUAUUUAUUUGGACAGUGAAGCUAAAACUUUUAAUUUGACUCUAUACUUCAGGAUUUUGGAUUUGAGAUCGAAUGUUUUAUGAGGCAACAACACAGAAUGUCACCUUUUAUUUGAGGGUAUGUUCAUACAUAUUUGUUUUACCGUUUAGAAAUGAAAGCACUA